GCUGCGUGAAUCUGUGUCCAAAUUCAAAAAAAAGUUCUGGGCCUGAGACGCAAUCAGAUAGCGGCCAAAGUCGUUGUCUCUUCCUAUUUGAAACACACAAGAUGGUGGCCAUCAGUGAGGAAGAUGCUCCCUCGGAUAGGGUCAUCGCAAUGGAAACCGCCUUCCGGACGGCUGUGAAACUAGGGCAGAUUCCCGGGGCGGUCAUCAUGGCUCGAGAUUUCAGCGGUGAGGAAGGCCCCCUUGUAUUUCCGAGAAGACAUCAGCAUGAUCUGACUUUGACAAUGAGAGAUAGGCACUCUGAAUUAUACGCGCUGCUUCGGAGGGCGGACUGUGGUCCGCAAUGAGUGUAAUCGGCUGCCCCCUUUCCAGCCCACCACUCCCUGCCGGCUGGCAAGUGCCACCAAGCUGCUGACCACGAUCAUGGCGC